AUGUCAUUUACAGAAGGCCGUGGCUCGCGCACCCUCAUCAAUUCCCUUUAUAUUCCCCGAUGUCCCUUGUGCCAGUUCAUUUCCGCCUGUGGUGCCUCCUUUCUCAUCCCCCAACACAUGAUGGCCAGCCAACCCACGCCCCGAGGAGGCCUCCUUCGUCGUCUCUUUCUCGCUGCGUUCGAUCGGGAAGAGCAGGGCUUCCCCCCGAUGCCAGCCCAUGCUGCGAUGACACCAGUGAAUGGUCACCCCCCCGAUACCCCCAUGGACGCCGCAGCGCUCUCGGUCCGCCCCCAUCUACCCAAGCGUCUCACCGUGUCGACCACCGACACGAGCUGUCUGAUCCCGCCGGGCGACAAGCUACUCGUUUUCCGAGCGCUGACGGGCAUCGACAGUGUCCCGACCCUGACUACGCUGCAUCAUUUCGCCCGUACAGCCCCCAAUGUCGGCAUCUACACACGCGUCGUGCGCGCGGAACAAUCCGCGGCACAGCGCUACCGCUUCUUCAGCAUCUUGAUCAACACAUGUCUGAGCAUUCAGAUCGUAGUGGCAGCCGCCUUGACAGCUCUGGGGGCCGCUUCCGGUCCCCAUGCCGCUGUCACGGCGUUCGGCGCCAUCAAUACCAUCAUGGCCGGCGUCCUAACCUACCUCAAAGGGUCGGGACUACCCGAUCGUCUCAAACAAUACCAGCACGAGUGGCGCAAUAUUCGCGAGUAUAUCGAGCAGCGCGAGCGUGAAAUGUGCCUUGACGGAUGCGGUCUCGACGUCCAGGAGGAGAUCCAGAUCAUCGAGCAUAUGUAUGAGGGGGUGAAGCGAAAGAUCGAGGCCACCAAGAGCAGCGGUGACAACCGUGCCUCACAGCAGAGCAGGAACCAUCGUCGGUCAUUCCUCCCUAUGGAUCAACCUCCCUCGUCACAGCCACCGCCGUCACAAUCUCGAUUCUCACAGCCCCCGCCGAUGCAGCAUCAGUCGGCGCAUUACUCGUCGACGCAGCCUACGUCGUCACAGUAUCCUCCAUCUCAGUUCUUUCCAGCGCCGGCCCGGGAGGUGCUGAGGUCCAGUCCGGUGGCAGUGCCGGAACCGUCUAUGUCGACGGAAAAGCUCUGA